AUGCCAAGACCAACUAAAAGUAAGUCUAGUUACAAAAACCAAAUAAGAAAUCCUGAUGGAACUUUUUAUAGUAGAAAAUUAAAUAAAGGAAAGGAAAUAGAUUAUUUUUCAGAAAGCACCCUUGGGAAUGUGGCUGAAUUGGACAAUGAUAAUUUCUUGGGAGAAGUUCUUGAAAAUGAAGUUGAAUUGGGCACAGAAGGGAGUUCAAAGAUUACACUAUUUUUCCCAAAAAAAAGUCACAAUUCUAAUGAUUUACCAAGUGAUUGGAAGGAGGUUUUAGACAAUUCUGAUGAUUCUGAUAUUGAGUGGGAAACUCAAGAUCUAUUUAAUUGA